AUGGCCGUUGGACACACACAAUCAUUCAUCUCUUCAUAUUGGUCGACCGAGAAGGCAUCAUUCGUAAACGUAUGGUCGUCAAGAUUAUUGGAGGGGAAAGCGUCGCUCAAAUCAGAGAUGAGGUACCAAGUACCAGAGCCGUUGAUGUGGCUCAUUUUCAGGGCUCUCAUUGAGGCACUCUACAAAACUCCGAAGAUUACCGACUAUGGAAAUGCUUUCUUUGAUGAUCCAGCCCACCCAGCUGUAAACCUGGCAGAUAUUGUCUUUGCCCCUCCAGGUUGGGGGCCGCCUGAACAAAUUCCCAACCCUCCGGAGGCCUACAGCAAGACACCCAUCAAGAUUCACAGCAAUAUCUACAAUGUGGGACAAAUUAUGCUCAGUCUAAUGGAGGGAAGAGAGAUGUUAACACCAGAACAUUGUACGGAAAGGAUUGUCCACCCCAUCGAGUACAAUAAGGUGUAUAGCUUUCUUCUUGAGAAGACCGUAGGCGAAUGUCUUAGGCUAUCGGCCAGACGUCGACCAACGCUCGACAAUCUUCUCUUCAGAAGUUUCGAGGGCCUCGCACAAUGGCAAGAGGUUUAUGGUCCGGUUUCUGGCGACAUAGUUCCUGACUAUGCGCAAUGCGAUUUUCAGGACGAGGAGUUUCGGAUUGGGGAACCGGAGCGGGCGCAUAUGCCGAAGAGGAGAAGCGCGGAGGACGAGAAUGAGGGCGGAUCAUACGAUGGGAAUGAUGACGACGAGGGCGGUAACGAGGGCGGAUCAGACGAUGUCAACGAGAAUCUCAAUGAUGUUAGAGGAGGGGUGGAGGUGACAGAAGAUGAGGACGUAACAGAAGGGGUAGACAUAACAGAAGGGGUAGACAUAACAGAAGGGGUAGACAUAACAGAAGGGGUAGACAUAACAGAAGGGGUGGAGGUGACAGAAGGGGUAGACGGUACAGAAGAGGAGGACGUGACGGAAGAUGAUGAACUCGAUUACGUGCUUGAGUCAGACGAUGAGGACGUCGAUAACGAUGACCCAAAGGAUCUCGAUUAUGUUUUCGAAGAGUCUUCUUCGGAAGACGAGUGCCGCACUACCACGCAUAAGACUCCGGCGGUACCCGCCUGA